GGCUGCAGGGGCUGGGGUAGGGAAGAGAGGGGCUCACUCCUACACCCACCGAUGAAAUCUGUGAGCCUCCUGCUUGGGUCUCGCUGAGAGUGUGGACCUAUGCCCCCUCCCAUGUGGGAGGGGGUGGGAUAGAAAGUCCCUCUCCUCUCAGCCUACCUGAGUGGGUCUGGUGUCUUUUCGAAAGGGUGAGGUGGCUUUGACCCCGGGUUGCCCGGCCAGCGCGACCGAGGAGGUGGCUGGACAGCUGGAGAAUGAACGGAGAAGCAGACUGCCCCACAGACCUGGAAAUGGCCGCCCCCAAAGGCCAAGACCGCUGGUCCCAGGAAGAUAUGCUAACUUUGCUGGAAUGCAUGAAGAACAACCUUCCUUCCAAUGACAGCUCCAAGUUCAAAACCACAGAAUCACAUAUGGACUGGGAAAAAGUUGCAUUUAAGGACUUUUCAGGAGAUAUGUGCAAGCUCAAAUGGGUGGAGAUUUCUAAUGAGGUGAGGAAGUUUCGUACGUUGACAGAAUUGAUCCUUGAUGCUCAGGAACAUGUUAAAAAUCCUUACAAAGGCAAAAAACUCAAGAAACACCCAGAUUUCCCAAAGAAGCCUCUCACCCCUUAUUUCCGCUUCUUCAUGGAGAAGCGGGCCAAGUACGCGAAACUCCAUCCUGAGAUGAGCAACCUGGACCUAACCAAGAUUCUGUCUAAGAAGUAUAAGGAGCUUCCAGAGAAGAAGAAGAUGAAAUAUAUUCAGGACUUCCAGAGGGAGAAACAGGAGUUCGAGCGAAACCUGGCCCGAUUCAGGGAGGAUCACCCUGACCUUAUCCAGAAUGCCAAGAAGUCGGACAUCCCUGAGAAGCCCAAAACUCCCCAGCAACUGUGGUAUACCCAUGAGAAGAAGGUGUAUCUCAAAGUGCGGCCGGAUGAGAUUAUGCGAGAUUAUAUCCAGAAACAUCCAGAACUAAACAUCAGCGAGGAAGGCAUCACCAAAUCUACCCUCACCAAGGCCGAACGCCAGCUCAAGGACAAGUUUGAUGGGCGACCUACCAAGCCACCUCCGAACAGCUACUCAUUGUACUGUGCAGAGCUCAUGGCCAACAUGAAGGACGUGCCGAGCACAGAGCGCAUGGUGCUAUGUAGCCAGCAGUGGAAGCUGCUGUCCCAGAAGGAAAAGGACGCCUACCACAAGAAGUGUGACCAGAAAAAGAAAGAUUAUGAGGUAGAACUGCUGCGGUUCCUCGAGAGCUUGCCCGAGGAGGAGCAGCAGCGGGUCCUGGGCGAGGAAAAGAUGUUGAACAUCAAUAAGAAACAGACCACCAGUCCAGCCUCCAAGAAGCCUUCUCAGGAAGGUGGCAAGGGCGGCUCUGAAAAGCCCAAGCGGCCUGUGUCUGCCAUGUUCAUCUUCUCAGAGGAGAAGCGAAGGCAGCUGCAGGAGGAGCGGCCUGAGCUCUCAGAGAGCGAGCUGACCCGCCUGCUGGCCCGCAUGUGGAACGACUUGUCAGAGAAGAAGAAGGCUAAAUAUAAGGCUCGGGAGGCUGCUCUGAAAGCACAGUCUGAGAGGAAGCCAGGUGGGGAGCGUGAAGAGCGAGGCAAGCUGCCUGAGUCGCCCAAGAGAGCUGAGGAAAUAUGGCAGCAGAGUGUCAUUGGAGACUAUCUGGCUCGCUUCAAGAAUGACCGAGUCAAAGCCUUAAAAGCUAUGGAGAUGACUUGGAACAACAUGGAGAAGAAGGAGAAGCUGAUGUGGAUUAAGAAGGCAGCCGAAGACCAAAAACGAUAUGAGAGAGAGUUAAGUGAGAUGCGGGCCCCUCCAGCUGCUACGAACUCUUCCAAGAAGAUGAAGUUCCAGGGGGAGCCCAAAAAACCUCCCAUGAACGGUUACCAGAAGUUCUCCCAGGAGCUGCUGUCCAAUGGGGAGCUGAAUCACCUGCCGCUGAAGGAGCGCAUGGUAGAGAUUGGCAGCCGCUGGCAGCGCAUCUCCCAGAGCCAGAAGGAGCACUAUAAGAAGCUGGCGGAGGAGCAGCAGAAGCAGUAUAAGGUGCACUUGGACCUCUGGGUCAAGAGCCUGUCUCCCCAGGACCGUGCAGCAUACAAAGAAUACAUCUCCAAUAAACGUAAGAAUAUGACUAAGCUUCGAGGCCCAAAUCCUAAGUCUAGCCGAACCACCCUGCAGUCUAAGAGUCUGAGGAGGAGGAGGAUGAGGAAGAUGAGGAUGAUGAUGAAGAGGAAGAGGAGGAAGAUGAUGAGAAUGGGGACUCCUCUGAGGAUGGCGGGGACUCUUCAGAGUCUAGCAGCGAAGAUGAGAGCGAAGAUGGGGAUGAGAAUGAGGACGACGAUGACGACGACGAUGACGAUGAGGAUGACGAUGAGGAUGAAGACAAUGAGUCUGAGGGCAGCAGCUCCAGCUCUUCCUCUUCAGGGGACUCCUCAGACUCUGACUCCAACUGAGGCUCAGCCCCCACCCUGGGCAGGCAGCCAAGGAGAGCCACUGCAGAGCUCCCCUCCCCACCUGACCACCUUUGUCUCUCCCUAUGUUCUGUCCCCUCAGCUUCCCCCACUUUCUUUCUUUCUUCCUUUUUAAAAAAAAAAAAAAAAAAAAAAAAAAAUUCAGUGGGGGUAGAAGACUGCAUGAGCCCAGGCUAGGACUCUGCAGUCUUGGAGCCAUCAGCUCCAGGGGUUCUCCAGGAACAGCAACCAUCAGACUGAGCCAGCACUGGACCGGCCCACCCCACCCCUCUUCUGCACUUGCAGUUCCGGCAUGGACAAUGGACCGGGGAGUUUGGGGGUGGGAGUGUGUCCUAAAGAGUUCGGUGAGGCCUCCAUCCCUGCAGCCUGCACCAAGGUGGAUUUUCAGGAAGCCUUUCCUUUCCAGAGGGGCUUGCCGCCUGGACUCCCACAAUGAACUGGAGGGAGAGAACGGUGCUGCCUUCAAGAAAGCAGGCAGUGUCCAUGUCCCUCUCCCCUGCCCCUGCAGGAAGGAGCUGCCUGGACCCAUUCAUGGGGGAGGGGCAGAGUGUUUUUUAUAUAUGUGUAUAUAUUUUUUUUUUAAGCUCUGAGCUGUCAACGAGACGUUUCCUACCGAU